GGUGAGUCAACACAGAAAGUUCAAAGAUUUUUGCGUAAAUUGAAUAAAAUAGACGGAAUUAAUGUUGUAUUGGCUAUACUGCCGCUCAUCGUGAUGUAGCGGUGCUCCAGCAAGCCGAGGCAUGUCAAGUUAAACUCACAGAAGCAGACAGGCAGAGUCAUCGUCGCCAUGGCGACCGCGCCGGACACGCAGACGCAGGUGAAUCGUCGAAGCUCGCGUCGUCGCGGUUCCAACCCGAGGCAGCCGAAGGAGGAGACGCAGCGGCGACGCGCCACACACCUUGAGUUCACGCAGGCGAUGGACGAUUUCAAGACGAUGUUUCCGGACGUCGAGGAGGACGUUAUAGAGACGGUGCUGCGCGCGAACAAGGGAGCAGUCGACACGACGAUCGACCACCUGUUGGCACUGAGCGUCGACAUAGACGGGGAAUCGUCGCCACGCGACCCUCGCUCGCACGCGCAGACGGUCGUGUUCCCCGGCGAGACGGGCGAGAAUCGACCGCAGAACGCGUCGCAAGCUUCGCCCGGCAGCGGAGACGGCGGCUCGCUGGACACCAGCGCCCUCUUGCCGAAGGACGAGCCGCCCCCGCCGCCCUACAGCUGCAGCCCGGGCCAGGCAGCGCCACGAUCGCCCGACGAGGGAGCCGCGUCCGAAGGCACGGCGAGGCCGGCCAGUUCCGUGUACACGUACGGUCGCGACGACGACCCCAGCGAUAACGACGAGGGUACAACGCCGACGACGACAACAGCGGCAACGCGUCCAAGUGGCGCCCCCGUGGCCACCACUGCGGCAGCAGAAUCCCUCCCCAGCCAGGUUUUUGAGCCAACGUCGUCUGACGAUGAGGCGCCGCCCGCAUACACGCCACGCUACGAUCGCACGUGGGCCGAGUCCAUCAAGCCGAAGCAGGUCGCUGAACCUAACCUGAUGAGCUUCAAGGAGGACCAGCAGAGGGCGCCGGCGACGGCGGCAACGACGCAGUCACCGAUGUCGCCCAUGCAAUCGCUCGCCAUGUACAUCGCUGUCACGCCGACGACUCAGCCGAGUCCGCCCCUGUCCAAGAAGUCGCCGAACGGCGGCGCACGACCCCUGCCGGCGCCACCUGGCGGCGGCACCCCGAGCCCGGCGGCGGCCGCGGACUCCUCGCCGUACAUGGACAUGUCGCCAGGGGGCGCCGGCAUCCCGAGGCAGGAGACGGUGGCGCCGCCGCUCGUUCCGCCGCGCACGGGAUCGGCGGCGCUGCCGGCGCGAGCGUCUGUGCGGGCCGCAGCCGUCGCGGGGCCGCACCGCGCGGGCGCCGCCUCCGCCGCGCCGCCGUCGGUCUGCAUCUGUGUACAGUCGAUCACGGCGGCUGACUUCAGUACAGCGAUGCUGAAGCGACAGAUCCAGGAGAAUCAGCGGCGAAUGGCGCAGGCGCAGCAGGAAGACGACCUUGAGAUGCAACAGAUGCUGGAAGAUGAAAGAGUCGCACUGAUGAUGCAGAACCAGGAGUUUUUACGAGAGCUGAGACGCAACGAAGAAUUCAUGAACCAACUAGAGGGCAGCACUGCUGCUGACAGUGGCAGGUCACGCAGUUCGAGACGCUCCUUCAAGCCACCGCCGCCAUCGUCGGACUCUCCCCGCACUCUCGGGUCGGCCCCGUGCCCGCCCCACACUAGUUCCACUAUCCCGUCCUCUCACUCGGUCAACGUCUCGGCGAGUGUCGGUCCGGACGGACAGAUGUCGAUGGACAGAGCGACGGAGAACGAUCACGUGUCCGGUUACCUCAUAUCGGACCAGCUCGAACCAAAGGUGGAAAUUCUGUUCAACCACGACACCGUGACCGAUGACGGCGUCAGUGCGUUCCCGUACGGGAUGCCGCUGCAGCGGGAUGAGGAGGCGGAGUUCCGUGAGAAGCUGCGGUACAUGGACAAUCCUACGCGGCGCAUGUUCAUGCGCAUGGCUCGCCUCUUCUCUAACGGCAAGAAGAAAAAGACGGCGAGGCAAAUGCUUGAAGCAGCUCCAUCAACUGUCAAUCUUCUAGAGGAGGAAGAGGAUGAGGAGGAGAGCAGAGAUGCUGAGGACCAGAGUGACAGAGAGGGUGAUAACAUUGACAAUAGUCAUAUUAUCGAACCAUUGAUGGGAUUUCGAAGCCCAUCUACCGCACAGCGGCCCACCUGAGCUCGCUGGUUAGCGACGGAGCCUAACAACCAUUCUACAAGACAAUAGUGGCUUCCUAGUGACACGUCUUCUUUCUUCAACAACAUAUCUCCCAAUCUCACGUCGAUGCUGCAUUACCAUAGCAACAAUGCCAGCGAUGUCAGUCCGUGUACGCACACAGACUAAUUGCAUUAUACGUAUUCGUAUAUCAUUUUGACACAUUUUUGCUAUGGGUCAUGUAACUUGUGACUAGUCUACGUAAGACGAAUCAUUUGGAUAGCUGAAACUGUGCUGAAGAAGUGCACAGAGACAAAUUUUGGCGAAAAAUAGGUCAAAAUAUCAAAAAUCACAAUGUUCCCAAGGUAGGUAGGCCGUUUGAAAUGCUGAUAGGGGUACUUUAAUUGUUUUAUUCGUACAUUAUGGUCGUAACUCUUCGUGUAAAGCUCAGUUUUAGUUGUUAAAUCUAUAUACUAUCAUGUACAUAGUAGUUGCUGUCGUACUUGGCUAGUUGGUUAAUGCCAAGUAGUCUAUAGUGGUAUGCUGUUAUGUGGAUCACUUUGGUAUUUGUGUACACUUUACGGCUGUUACUUUUAGACAUUUAGGCAAUUCCUUCACUCGAGAUGAUAUGAGGUAGGCAUUUUGAAAGGGCAUGAAUAUUCUCUAGCUGAAUUGUUCAAUUUUUUCCUUGUUAAGUCGAGCAAUGAGCGCUUGAAAGAUACUAUACGAACAUUAUACUAGAGAGGCAGAAUGUUGAUUUUAUUAUUGAGGCGCCAUUGAGUAGCAUGAAUUUAUUUUUAAAGUUUAGUUUUGUAAAAAAAAAUCUAGGUCAAGCACUUUUUGGAAAGAGUAUUUGUAAAAAGCAAUUUAUAGCCAAUAGCGAACAAGCUGGUGGUUCAGUCUUUGUAGAUGGAUGUGAAAGUUUUAGCAUAAAUAGAGAAAUAUUGUCUAUGAAGUAUUUAUUGCUGUGUAAAAUCGUAUUGUAAAAUUACCAAUGUGAUUUUGUGAGAUUUCGUACUAUCGUGUAAUUUAUUUCAGACAUAAUUUUGCGUCAGCCGAUUUUCUUACAAGAUUAUGAAAAGAUGAAAUUUGUUUAGAUGUUUAAUUAUUCAAGUCUAAUCUAUAAUAAAAAAGGCAGCUUUUUUAGUUAGACAUGGCAAUCCUUUUUAUGUGAGGUUAUUGCCCAGUUAUUACUGUUGAUUGUCUAUUAGCUCAGGCUCGAACGUUUGCAAGCCUGUUAUUGAUUUUUGUGAGAAUGCGAGAAAGGAUUCAUUUGGCUUCACAAUGCCACCCUGCCGUCGAAACGGGGGUUGUAGUUUUGUAUUACUGUCAGUGUCAGGCAGUCCGGCCAUCAUGCUCAUGGAACAUAAAUUUAUGACAAGUUCAAAUGCAGUUUUUAGUUGAAUUGUUAUUGAGGAACUCAAUUGGAAAUGAGUGUUUUUGUCAGAAACUCAUUGUUAUUUACCAGGCUGCGCAUAUAAUUUCGCUCUGCAGUUUUUUUAGUGGGACUGCAAAUCAAAACUAGCUAAAUGGCACCAUGUUACAUGUGAUAACUUUUUUUAAUAUGAAGUGUAGAAUAAUAAAUUUGGCAGCUGGAUUAUGCCAAUUUUGUAAUAAAGGUAGUUAAUGACAACAUGGACAGCCAAUCUAUUGAA